AUGCUGUGGAGAUCGAAGACUCAGCAUCCCCCAGUGCUCCGUCGGCUUCUUCUUUCACUCCCAACAAGGUCUACUACAUGCCGAGUCGGGCUGGAGCGAAGUGUGUCUUGCAGCUUCACGAUGCUUCGCGGCUGCAAUUUUCCAUCUGAACCAAAGAUGCAAUCACACAUUGAGACAACGUGUCACAAUAUUCGCACGAGGAGCGAAGGGAACACGAAGGACAUCGCCACCGAUUGGCAGAUCGACUUCUGGAUCCACCUGGUUCGGCCCCAGAGUUACAAGGGCCAAAAAAACCUGGAGACCUCCGUGAGGAUCAACUUCGAAGGUGAACCUCGAGCAAUGGACCCGGACCCUCCAGUUCUUGGGCUGGUUCGGGAGGCUGCUGCUGUGGUCCAAAUGCAGAGCAUUUCCUUCACAUGUGUCAAACUGGCUUCAGUGGUAUGGUUCAUCUUGCGAGUUCCUCGCGAUGAGAUGGUCUGCGAGGACCUUCAGUCAUGCCUUGCAGAGGUUCAUGCUGCCGAACACAUGCGAGAGACCAUGCCCAAGCCGGAAGCAGAGCAUCAGCUGCACCCGAUGAAAAAGAAACCUAGUGGCAUUCAAGGCUGCUGCAUUCAUCAAUGUCUUGCUGCUUGUGCUUCUCUUGUUUCCCAUCGAUCACUUCCGUGGCCAAGGGACGGCCGUACGCUCCAACGGGAAGCCAAGCCGAAGUCCAUCUUCGCUUUGCAGCGAUUCCUGGCCAAGCCUGCCGGGUUCAUGAACAGAUCCGACGACAACACGCUCGAGAGCUUGGGCCUGUCGGAGAUCCUUGUGUCUCAUGCUCACAGGACCGGGUGCCUGUCCGUCUGGUGCCCCAUUCUCUUUGCCGGCGACCUGGCCGUGCUGGGCCCCUUGCAAAAGAUGUCGGCACUUUUGCCGAGCACCGUGAGCGACACGGUGAAGAUGAAGGAAGCCCAACGAGUGGCCGACAACUUCGCAGCCCAGUCUGUAGAGCCGAACCCGGGGAGAAACAAGAAAUUGCCAAAGGUCCUCGGCCUCAUCAGACAACGACGUCUCGCUGCGAGGGAGGAAGUGCAGGCUGUCAUGCACAUACUCAGUCUUGCAGGCCUCGACUUCCGGCUGUCCGAAAGGCAGCUGAGGCCCCCAGACCUGAGGAAUGGCGAGAUCCGCCUGACGGAUGCAUCUUUGGGGCCGAUGCUGUGGCACACGGAGUCAGGGGCGGCCCAAUGGGACGCAGUCCUUCCUGAGGACCUUCAGGAGCUUCGGCUGGUGUUGGCCCCGGAUGAGGGGGGGCCCUUAUGGGCCGGGUUCCAAUGGCUCGCCAAGAGGGGAUACCGCAUCAGUUUUCUGCCGGAUCUUAUGUACCUUGGCUUUGGUUCAGUCUGUGGCUUCCCUCUUCGACCGAGGGAGGUGGAUCAGUUGGGGACACGCCGCCCGCAAGUUCAAGAGAAGCUACUCGUGCACGCUCUUGAUGGUGUACUGGGGGUCGCACGACAUGUUCGGGAAGCCUUGGGCUCUGAAGCUGCUUCGUAUCUGGACGCCCCACCCGAUGUGGAGCUGCGAGACAACGGCUUGGUGGAGGUCGUCAGUCGCCGUGGCUACGUCAAGCAGAGGCUUCUGGAAGACCACUUGACGGCCACCCUCGCCUGCUGCUUCGAGCUCGAGAGCUACGCCAGACACCUCAGAAUGGCACCGCACGCCUGUGCCAGUCUCUUGGCCUCGGGCACCACUGGCGAGAGCCUCUUGCCAACACAGACAAACUUGCUUGAGGCCGUCAAGGCCGAAUGGAGCUUGGUGGUGCGAAUGGAGGGCAAGGUGGCGACCGCCGACCUCUUGCAUCAGCUCUGCCCCUACGUGCUGCACCAGUGCUAUAGGGAGCUCAUGUCCAGCUUGGCUGCUGCGGACUUCUGCCUGACUGCGGAAUGCCGUGAGAUGGUCUCUGCUUGGUAUCCCGGUCUCUCGCAGUCGUCCAAUGUCGAGGACGUGUUCAAGUCGUGCGAGGAGGCCUGCCGUCGCACGAAAGCUGGAGCGGCGAGCAUGCCGAACUUGUCCAUCGUCGCGAUGAGGGCCUUGAUGCAGAAAAUGACAAACGGCGAAGGCCAAGCUCGAUCUGUGGUGCUGGAGGGUUCUGAUUUUGAAGGCCCAGAGGUGAAAGCACUCAAGUCAAAGCUGUUCUCCCCGGAGAGCUUUACCGGCGGACUCCUGGAAAGAAACUAUGUCAUCUUUUGUCUCCGUUAA